UGAAUUUGAUUUGGAUCACAUCAAAGGCCCAAUUACUGUACAACAGCCAGGAGAGGAGGUUCUCGAGUGGACCCCACAACAAUCUGAGCAACCACGUGUCUUCACGGCCAAGCUCCUCACAGAACAGCCACUAUCUAAUCCUAAGGGCCUGUCUCCUGCUGAUUAGUCUGCCGCUUUGGUACCCCAAAUCCUUUCAUCAUCAGAUCUCACAUCACAUGUCUGGGCCUCCGGAGGGCCACAGGCCGCCGCGUGUCUAAAUAUAGGAGAUUCUCGGUCAUCGCCACGUGUCUUUUAUUGGUUUAGUAGCUCUCAAGGCCUAGUCAAAUUCUCUCCCUCCCGACAUUGUCAAAUGAUUCCACUAUAAAUAUAAUCAAUCUUCUUGAUCUCUUUGCGUCAUUUUCCAUACAUAGUUUUAGCGUACGAGAACAUCUUCAAUAAUUUCUUUUCUAGUCUUCUCUGUCUCUAUAAAGAAUCUCUAAGUAAAAAUUAAUAAUGGAAGGGAUCUCCCCGGUGGUUCGGAUUGCUAGGAAAUCAUCCAUAGAAAGGGAGCCGAGGGCUCUUAGAAUAGAUCAAAUCCACCUUGCAAAGGAAGCAGCUUUAUAUGUUCUGAAAACUAGGUCGGUGGAAGAAGCCAUGAGUAUCUUCACUGAGGGUUUGGAGCCGGUGGGCAGUGCGGUGGGGCUGAAAACAGGCACACUAGGGAUGAUUCUAAGCGGUGAAAACGAAUUUGAAUCUGCAGAGGAUAAUUUAGAACAUUCAGAACUGUCGUGGGACAUAGCCACAGCACCUUUCUAGCUCACUUUUAUUUUUUAUUCUUUUUCAUAUGAGUUUUGUGCGUGUACUUGUACAUGUUUUUCUCUGUUUUCGGGGUGGUAUAGAAAAUAAUGAUUCAAAUCAAUUGCUUC